CGGGCCCGGACGCCCCGCAGUCCGAGGAGAUCGGCCCCAGGCCUGAAGCUCGCGGCUCCUCCGCGGACCCAGGAGGCUGGGAAAGGUGUCCAGCCAUGGCCGUGGGCAACAUCAACGAGCUGCCCGAGAACAUCCUGCUGGAGCUGUUCACGCACGUGCCGGCCCGCCAGCUGCUGCUGCACUGCCGCCUGGUCUGCAGCCUCUGGCGCGACCUCAUCGACCUGGUGACCCUGUGGAAGCGCAAGUGCCUGCGGGAGGGCUUCAUCACGGAGGACUGGGACCAGCCUGUGGCCGACUGGAAGAUCUUCUACUUCCUCCGCAGCCUGCACAGGAACCUCCUGCACAACCCGUGUGCCGAAGAGGGGUUUGAAUUCUGGAGCCUGGAUGUGAAUGGAGGCGACGAGUGGAAGGUGGAGGAUCUCUCUGGAGACCAGAGGAAGGAAUUCCCCAAUGAGCAGGUCAAGAAAUACUUCGUGACUUCUUAUUACACCUGCCUCAAGUCCCAGGUGGUGGACCUCAAGGCCGAAGGGUAUUGGGAGGAGCUGAUGGACACCACACGUCCGGACAUCGAAGUCAAGGACUGGUUCGCAGCCAGGCCAGACUGCGGGUCCAAGUACCAGCUGUGCGUUCAGCUCCUGUCGUCAGCGCACGCGCCCCUGGGCACCUUCCAGCCAGACCCAGCAACGAUCCAGAAGAAGAGCGACGCCAAGUGGAGGGAGGUCUCCCACACGUUCUCCAACUAUCCGCCCGGCGUCCGCUACAUCUGGUUUCAGCACGGCGGCGUGGACACUCACUACUGGGCCGGCUGGUACGGCCCGAGAGUCACCAACAGCAGCAUCACCAUCGGGCCCCCGCUGCCCUGAUGCCCCCGAACCCCCAACCGUCGAACCCCUGACUGGUAAACUACUGUCAGAGUAAGGGCGGGGCUUGGGAAAAGGAGGGUGGAGGCCAGGCUCCCCAGACCUCCUAGUUCAUCCUUUCCUCUCCCCUUCCUGUGGAGCCUCUCAGUCUGUACAACUCUCAAAUGCUGUGGGGGGUCCAGCUCUGAACCCCAGAUCUCAACCUGAAUGAUGGCAGGAGGCAUACCUGAGCUCUCCAAGAGAUGAGGCCCUGAGGUUAGGCAGGUGCAGGGUAUUCCCUAGGCUCCCCCCAGCCUCCUCUGAGAGUGGGUCUCCAAGCUCAGCUGGCAACCUAGACCUGCGUCUCUACCUGCGCCUCCUGGGCCCUGGCUCUCCGUGCCCUUGUCCCAAAGCAGGGGCAGUCGGACAUCUGGCAGCCCUGGGCAGCGCAGAUGCUGCGAGGGAGCUGUGUAGCUCAGACAGAUCUGAGAGUGGAAGGCUGGCUCUGCUGGUUGUCCUGUGCCCCUUCCACAAUGCCAAGUUCUCUUGCUCUGCCCCCGUGCUCAGAGGUGGCUUAGCCCAGAGGCUCUAGUCUGUGCUGAGAUGUGCUGAGGGGUCCAGAGGAAAGGUCUAGGUCUAGUACAAGACUCUCUUCACUGUCUCUGAAGUCCAGAAGCCAGAUAGGAACCAGAUGGAGGUGAGGCUUCCCCCAAAGACCCCUGGAAUCCUGCCCCUGGUAACCCAGGGCAGGUGAGGGGCAGACUGGGGCCCUGAUUCUGAGAGCUGGGACAUGUGAGCCCUGGAGGAGGGCGAUAGGGGAUUUUCAAGGACCACCUGUCUACCUCCAGGCCUAGGCCAGGCUCCCUGUGUCUUGGAGAGCAUUCCAAGCCCCCACCCCACCCUUGGAACUGCCAUUCCCAGGACCUCCCCACCCUGCCCGGCCACGCUCCUGCCUCUCCCUCCUGCUGGAAGGACAGCAGUGCUCUGACCUGCCCACCCUGCAUGCGGCCAAAUAAAAGGUGUUCCUAGCCCA